AUGGAUGAUUUAUCAAAACAAUCAUAUUGGAAUAAACGAUUUUUAAUAGAAGAUUCAUAUGAAUGGUUCGGUGAUUGUUUACGUCUUUAUCCUAUAUUAGAUCUUUAUUUAAAAUCUUCACCUUCAUUUAUUUUACUUCAUCUUGGUUGUGGUUCAUCAUCACUUGCUGAAGAAAUGUAUAAUCGUCAUUAUUGUCAUUUAAUUUUGAAUGUUGAUUAUUCAUUUUGUAUUCUUGAUAAACGACGAUCAAUAAAAAAAAAUGAAUGUUUAAUUGAUUGGUUUGCUUUAGAUAUUCGAGCAAUGCCUUUACGUUCCGAAUAUUUUGAUACAAUUAUUGAAAAAGGUACAUUGGAUGUAUUUUUUAUUGGACAUGAACAUUGUCUAUGGAAUCCAUCAGAAGAAUUAAAAGAAAAAAUUGAUUUGAUAUUAACACAAAUUAGUCAAUGUUUACGAUCUGAUUCUGGUCGAUUUAUUUCAAUCUCAUUUCAACAACCUCAUUUUCGUCGACCAUUUUUAGCAAAACAAAAAUAUCAAUGGUCAAUUCAAGUACAUUCCAUUUCCGAUGGAAAUGAAUCAAUGGAAUAUUUUGUUUAUGUUAUGACAAAAGGUGAACAAAUGAAUGAAGAAGAUCGACUAUUAGAAGAAGGAAAAUCUACAAAAUGGACUUGGAUUAAUAAACAAGAAAGUUUGAGACAAAUAACAACAUAUUAUGUCGAUGAGCAGGAUGAUCAGUAUUUGUUAAACAUAAACAUCGAAGAUAAUGAAUAG